AUGGCAGCUCAGACUCACUCUCUACCCCCUCUUCCAUAUGGCUACGAUGCCCUUGAACCCGUAAUCUCCAAGCAGAUCAUGGAACUGCACCAUCUAAAGCACCACCAAACAUACAUCAACAACCUAAAUGCCGCCCUCUCCGCCCAAGUCACGGCUACCCAGACCAACGACGUCCCCACCCUGAUCAGCCUACAGCAGAAGAUCAAGUUCAACGGCGGCGGUCACAUCAAUCACUCCCUCUUCUGGAAGAAUCUGACUCCUCCCGGAACCCCGGGCAAUGACCUAGCUAGCGCUGCACCGUCACUUCGUGAAGCGAUCAACUCCCGAUGGGGAUCUCAUGAUGCUUUCGUCAAGGCGUUUGGUGCUGAACUGCUCGGUUUGCAGGGUAGUGGGUGGGGAUGGCUUGUGAGUAAGGGUGGACCGAAGGGUCGACUGGAGAUUGUCACGACCAAGGACCAAGAUCCGGUGGCUGCAUCUGAUGUCCCAAUCUUUGGGGUUGAUAUGUGGGAGCAUGCGUACUAUCUCCAGUAUCUCAACAACAAGGCUAGUUAUGUCGAGGGUAUCUGGAAGAUCAUCAACUGGGCCGAGGCUGAGAAGCGCUACACAGCUGGCGUGGAGAACCCGCUGAAGCUGUGA